AUGGUUGAUAUUAUUAUUGAAGUAAAGAAACAUCUAGGAAUUUCUGAUGACGAAUUAAAUGAAUUAACUGCUAGUGCUGAUUUAGCCAUGCCUACCAAACAAGUGGAGGGGAUUAACACUAGUUUAACCCUUAAAGAAACAAUUAAAAUUUGCAAUACCCUUUUACCCCAUCUAACACCCAGCAGAAUUCUCGACAAGUUAAUUGACGAAGCAAACCGUUACCAAGCCUUGAAUGUUGCUACUAAUGAUAUUAUUCGCGAGAAAGGUGAAAUUGACAAAGGUAAAUUAGAAAAAUUGAAAAAUAGUCAAGAAAAACACACAGAUUACGAGGCUAUUAAGAAUGAAUUAGAAAGACCAGCAACCGGAGGUUCAGGCACAGGGACAUCUUCUCCAGUUGAUAAGCAAAAAAUUGCUGACUUAAUAAAAGUAAUAGAAAAACAGAACCAAGCAAUUAGAAAAUACGGUGAUGCACAGGAUAAUUUUACAGGAGAUUAUAGUUGA